UAAGAGAAAUGUGUUAUUGUAAGAGAAAGCGAAGAAAUCAGAAGGUCGCGUGUGUUGCUGGGAUACUGGCGGACUGACUGUGAUCGGAGUGUCAUGGCGACCAACAGCGAGCAACUUUCCCGAGGUUUCGUAACUGGUACAGAUCAAGUAGUCACGGAUACAGAGUGAAAACGGAGGGUCACAAUCAAUUUGGUGUGUCAACAAGAACAACAACAACAAAAGACUAAGAAUCAGUUACACCAGUUUCUAAAAUGGAGUGUGCCAUUAUCGCCAGUGCUGAUGAUGAACCAACUGAUACUACUGUUCCAUAUGAAGGCAUUACGGGUAAAGACGGAAGUGAGACCCCAAGAAAGAAAAACAAGAAACAUAAGAAACACAAAAGUAAGAAGAAACGAAAGAAGCGUAAAGAGGAAAAAGAGAGCAGCUCUGAAUCUGGAGUAGAGUCGGAAGGAGAAUCCAGAACAAGAACAAGCAUAAAAAAAGAUGGCUCUUCUAACACUGACGAUCAUGCAAACGCCACAGUAAAAUGUACAGAAGACCUUAGUGAUGGGGAUGGCGAUGCCAAGGUUAAAAAACAAAAGCAUCGUACAGGGAAAAAGAAGAAGAAAAGAAGGCGGAAAGAGGAGGAGAAGCACGGGAAAAAAUCUUCAUCUCGCUCAAGAUCAGAAAGUACCUCAGCUUCAGGGUCAGAAUCAGAACCUGAAUCCAAAUCCAAACAAUCACAAAAACUGCAAGUGGAGUCCCUAAAGCUGGACAGGAAGUCUCCCGUUACUGCAGCUAAGAUUUUAAAAGAGAAAUUUAAAGAGAGCCCACCUCAACUAGAAGAUAAAAAGAAAGAGAUCACUUCUGAUCACAUUGAAGUUGAAAGUCUAAAACCAGAGGAGAAAAGAAAUGCAUCUUCUGAGGCUGCACAUGAUGCUAUGAUGGCAGAAAAUGUGAUAGACGGUGAGAGGGACUUAGAAGUUGAAGCUCUUGUCAAGCAUGAAACCUUUAGUAAAGCUCAGGAACUUCCUGAUAUUAUCCCUAAACUGGAGAAUGUGCACAAAGAACAAGCUGAGCAGAAGGACAUUUCCAAGGAAGAAAAUAAGAGAGAGAAGAAACCGUCCCUUUCCCGGUCAAGGUCUCGUUCACUUUCAGGGGCUAAAGGCACAAAAUCCAAACAUAGUCGCUCCAGAACUCCAAAGCAGUUCUCUGGUAAAUCAGGACGUGUUAAUGACAGGUCAUCUUCAAGAGAGAGGUCUGUGUCUGUCUCUGGUGGUAAAGAUCGAGCAAAAAGAAGAAUUUCAAGAUCUCCUGAAAGGUCACCAUCUAAAGUAUCAAAAAGGCCUGGGCGCAGGUCAAAGUCACCCUCUGGAAGGAGAGGGCGUCGAUCUGUCUCAAGGUCUCGCACAAAGGUUAAAAGAUCUAGGACGAGGUCUCCCCGUCGUGGUCAUCGUUCAAGAUCUAGGUCAACUGGAAGAUCCAGACGUUCAGUUUCUCGACGAAGGAAUCGGCGUUCGAGAUCACGAUCUAGAUCUGUACGGCGAGGAGGGCGCUCAAGGUCUCGUUCUAAAAGGAGGACACCUGUAUCUCGGACAAGGCGGUCCAGGUCUAGAUCUACCAAGCGGUCAAGGCGAACGCGUUCAAGAUCCAUUGUGAUUCUUAAGCGAUCUAGAUCGCGCUUAAGGAGAAACAAAAGAUCUAGAUCUGCAAAUAGAAAGCGAUCUAAUUCAAGAACCCCAAAACGUCGAAGUAAAUCUCGGUCACCCCGACGCUCCAGACCCUCCCGGUCAAGUUCACCUGCAGUCCGUCGUAAGAGAUCAAAGUCUAGAAGCCCUCACAGCACUAAGUCAGAGUCAGUAUCUCCACAGCGGCGUAAGAAAUCUAGAUCACGAUCAUCUUCGCAUAAUUCAAAGUCUGAAUCUCCAAAGUUAAAAACUAAAAAGCAAAAAGAUAAGCGGUCAAGAUCGGUUUCACAGAGAGACACAUCAAGAUCAAGAUCCAAGUCGUCAGAUAAAAGUUUGUCCCCUACCAAGAGAGCGCACUCCAAGUCUCCCAAAAAAGAAGAGGUAUCCUUAGAAGAGACUGGUAAUUCAAAAGAUUCAUGUGACACUAAAAUAGAUGUUUGGGGAAUUAAAGAGGAAAUUGUAGAAGUAGAAGAAACAACAGAGGGAAGUGGAUGGAGACCAGUUUCUACUGAAUGUGCAUCUCCACAAAAGACUUCCAAUGAAGAUUUAACGUCAUCAGAAUGUGAGACACAAGAUAAAAAAAUCAAGGAAGAUUCUGCAGAAGUUUCCAUAUGUAAAAAGAAACCAAAUCGAUCCAGAUCUUCAUCAGAGUCUGGGUCUCAGCAUGGUUCUGCAGGGUCUGGUCAAGAUGACCGUUCAGUAAGUUCGCAAUCACCUUCUCCAAGAAAAGUUAAAAAAGAAUCCAAGUCCAAGAAGCUGUCACCUGUUCGGAGAAAGCGUUCCAGAUCCGUUUCAUCCACCCAGAGGCGAUCAAAAUCUAAAUCUGUGAGCGCGAAGAGGAGGUCAAGGUCUCCCGUAAAAAAACGCAAAUCCAGGUCCCCCUCACAUAGUCGUAAGAGGAGGACAAAAUCGCGAUCGCCUGUACGGAAAAGGAGAUCUCGAUCAAGAUCAGUCGAUCGAAGAGCAAAGUCAAGGUCUAAAUCUCACACAAGGACCAAGCGCUCCAAAUCAAAAUCCCCAAGGAGGAAGCGAUCAAAGUCUAGAUCGCCAGCCCGAAAAAGGAGAUCUAAAUCACGGUCUCCUAGAAAGAGGAGAUCUAGAUCACGAUCCAGAGCUCGACAGACACGAACCAGAAGAUCUCGUUCUAUGUCACGUCGAAGGAGACCUGUGUUUCGAGGAAAGUCGUUUGAUAGGCGAGAUAGAUGGAAACGUGAGCCAAGCCACUCCCCCAUUUUGAUUCUUCGUAAAAGAAGGUCCACCUCAAGAUCCAGACGAAGUUCCAGCAAGACGCCACCACGCCUCACAGACUUGGAUAAAGAUCAGCUGUUGGAGAUCGCAAAGGCUAAUGCCGCUGCCAUGUGUGCUAAAGCUGGAAUGCCCAUACCUGAAAGCCUCAGGCCAAAGGCAAUUCUCCAGUUACCCUUGCCAACCCCGUCUCCAACCCCCUUGUCUUUGCCUCUGCCAUUGCCCGUGCCCAAUUUACCCAUGAAUCUACCCAUGGGUAUACCGGGCAUGCCGUCGAUGCCGAACAUGACGAUGAAUGCUGCCAUGGCAAGUAUGACUGCGGCAACCAUGACCGCUGCCCUUUCUAACAUGGGUGCCUUGGCAGCUAUGCCCACAAUGCCUCCCCUUCCCACCAUUACAAACAAGCCCCCUCCAGCACCCACACCUAAUCUGGCCGGGAUUGAGGAGGUGAAGAGGAAAGUUACUCAACAGGCUAACAGUAUGAGUAUCAAGGAGUUCACAGAGAAGUGUAAACAGAUCGCAGAAAGUAAGGAGGAAAUGAGUAUUGCGCGGCCACACGUUUCUGAUGACGAUGAUGAUGAUGACGAGAAACGGUAACCCACAGUCCUCCUGCUGUAUCUCAUCUGUAAUCCUGGUAAUGGACACCUGUGGAUCGCAUUGAGAAUUAAAGGGUGAACUUCCAGUGGCUUUUUGUCACAUAAAUGAAGUUUUGUUUGCUAACAGAGGAGUUGGACCGUUAAGCAUCUGGAAAGUCAAGUUCAUUUAUGUGUUUUUUCCCCAAAUUAUCUUUAAAAUUGUCCUACAACUACAAGAGCCUUUUUUUACUGUAGGACCUGAACUACCAGAUUUGACCAGAUUAGUCUAAUGGGUUUCAGUGUAAAAACGGACAUGUUCCCUUUUCAGGGAAAUAUUUUGAUUUCAGGUUUUUACCUUCACUAUGCGUGGUGCCUCUUGAUGCCAUAAAGAAUGAUUUCUAAUAGAUUUAAAACUGCAUCUCUAAAAGAAAGUUAUGGGGUGCAACUAUGGUCAUAGGUCAGAUCUGCUGGUCCAACAAAUUUUUCAGAUCUUUCCUUUAACAUGUAGAGAUGUGACCGUUUUAGUAGUAUUGUUUUUCUCUGUCUUUUAAGAGUCAUUAAAUGUUAAUCACUUGUUUAAGUACAUUGAUGGCAAAGAGAAUUGUUAUUUGUUCCCUAAUAGUGCUUGUGAACUUUUUAAGCGAUUAAAAAAAUAUAUUGAGGUUCAGAAUUGUGGUUGUACUUGAGUGCUAUACCUAAUGAAUUAUGUUUCCAUUGAUGUGCGUUGUAGGGUUUCUGACCACCGGUUUUCUUUUAAAUACAUUUGGUAAAACUUUGCUUUGUUGCUUGCUGGUGAUUGACAUUGUGACCAUUAUUGAAAUAUCACAGAGGAGUGACUGAGAAUCAUAAAAUGCACCAUUGUACUCACUACUUAAACAGCCUUGAUGAAGUUGUGU